CAACAACACCUUUCCAGGGGCCAACGGAGCCUGGAGAAGAAGACUCUUCUUCGCUGCGACGACAGCUUCACUCUUUCAGCUGUCGAACGCACGCCAUUCUUUUAUAUCUGCGCCGGCCCAUUCUCGCGGACAUCCUACAGUGCUUACAAUCUUUACGAAUACGCAACCCGGCACCGCUGUCACGAGCUCGUCCGUCCGAAUAAACCGCAUUCGAGUCGACGACAAUAGCACCGGACGUCGACCACCAUCAAAGCCAGUCACUCUUUUAUAGAAAACCAUGUUCAACCACCUUGCGAAUCUCGUCCGAAGGGAUACACAAGGACCAUCACCUGGACCACCAGCCACCAUGAUCAGCCUUCUGAUAGUGCUUCUGGUCUUGCUGAUCCUCGCACUCCUUCUCGUCGCCGGCCUGUUGUACAUGCGACACCGAAGAAGAGCGCAGAGAAACAAUUCUGAACUACCCAUCUACGACGAGAAGCGCAUGUCGAGCGCAUCGGCAGCAUCAUCGUCACAUCGCCGUGUUAUGGCACGACCCUCGGAGUCGAUAUACGUCUACCAGGAGAAGCAGAACCUCGUCGAGAACUCGAGCGCGCCGCCAUCCGGCCCGCUUCCACAAAUCCACAUCACAUUCCCGGAGGAGUAUGACGAUACUGGCAAGCGCGUGUCAGGCCGGGUGGUCGUCGUUCGUGUGGGAGAUACUGGGGUUGGUCUCGAGCCACUAGAGAACCUUCCCGCGUACCAACAGCAGGAUAGGAGGAGUUUUGAGUCUGUCGACCUGGAACGAGUCGGAGGACUUGUCGAGAAGGCGCGAAAUGCACCUACCUAUGACAAGUUCGAGAAGAUCUAGGCAAUGCGGAUGAGAAGAAAACACCCCAGCUGUUAACGACGUCUACGACCAAAUGUCUUUGCACAGAUCGGAACGCACAUACACAUACCACUGGAAGGGAGCAGCAGGCUCCUCACGACGGCGCAUGAACAUAAAGUCGGCGACAUUGUACCUGUUUUUUUCCGGCGGCCUUCCAGACCGCCGCCCUACAUACUUUACGUUACAUUUCGACCCCAGAUACGACUGGACACCACGACGACGAGCCUCGACGGCAGCAGUCCGAAGUGCAUCUUACUUACAUACACUUAAUGUGUUGUCGUUGCUGGCAGGGCAGAGCAGAGUUUGAAGCUCGCUCGUCCGCCCGCAUUUUUCUGUUGCCAUUCAAUCACGACAGUGGGAAGAGCAAAAUGCCCCCAAGUUUGCUGUGCUGUUCACAAAGCGUGGAGCGAGAGCGAGAGGUUUGGUGAUUCUGCUUCUGAUGUCUCUCGUAGAUUAAGACUGGUAUCGUCAUCGUGUAUAUCCUACACUGAGCUGUCUGGUACUGAGUCCAGGACUCGGCUGAAUGAAAUGCUUCAUGCGCAAGAAAA